AUGUUGGCUUCUUCUUUUCUGGUCACCCUAGCGGGGCUUGUCUCUUUGAGCACAGCUGGAUAUGUGCUGGAGGAUGACUACAGCGUUGAUCAAUUCUUUUCCAUGUUUGACUUUUUCACAGACGCAGACCCCACGAACGGUUAUGUGCAAUAUGUGGACCAGAACACCGCCCAAAGCGGUGGGCUUAUCAGCACCGACAACGGCGCCGUUUAUAUGGGUGUCGAUCAUACAAACGUUGCGUCAGGCUCCGGCCGUCAAAGCGUCCGCUUAACAAGCAAAAAGUCUUAUACCCAUGGCCUCAUCAUCCUGGAUCUAUCACACAUGCCCGGCGGGAUCUGUGGUACGUGGCCGGCCUUCUGGACCGUUGGGCCCAAUUGGCCAAAUGCAGGAGAAAUCGAUAUCAUCGAGGGUGUCAAUUCGCAAGUGUCCAACGCCAUGACCCUUCACACCACCUCCGGGUGUAGCAUCACAAACAACGGCAUGUUUUCAGGCUCGGUAUCUACCCCGAACUGCGACAUCAAGGCCGUCGGCCAAGCGACCAACGCAGGAUGCCAAAUCGGGACUGCCAACGACGCCACUUACGGAACAGGGUUCAACCAAGGCGAAGGCGGCGUAUACGCAACUGAAUGGACCUCCUCGGCCAUCAACAUCUGGUUUUUCCCCCGCUCAGCUAUCCCGUCUGACAUAGCCGCGGGGACACCUGAUCCUAGCAACUGGGGCCAACCCGUGGCUUCCUUCGCCGGAGGAUGUAACAUAGACGACUUCUUCAGCAACAACCAGAUCGUCUUUGAUACGACCUUCUGCGGUGACUGGGCUGGAAACGUGUGGACUUCGGACCCCUUGUGCGGAUCAAAGGCAUCGACCUGCCAGAGUUUCGUGCAGAACAAUCCGUCUGCGUUUCAGGAUGCAUAUUGGUCCGUCAACUCGCUCAAGGUCUUCCAGAACGCUGGAGGCGAGAUUUCCAGCACCGGCGCGCCAUUUCCUCCCUCGUCGACGCAAGCGUCUACUGUCUCAGUCAGCGUCCCUGGUGUACCGUCAGGGCUCCCGCCAGUGGUCCCCACGCCUCCAACGAGUGUAUCUGUUCCUACAACGGGCUUUAGCCGCGGCGGCAAUGGGCGACACAGCAAGACAUUCGGCACGGUCGGUGCCUCCGCGGCAAACUACCUUGUGGCCGUGCCAACUACUGCGUCAACUUCAGUGUUAGUGUCGUCCACGGCGUCCUUCGACGCGCGAGAGCCCUCUGCGACGGUGGGACCGCCGAUGGCUGUAGCUGUCGCCUCGGACGGCACCGUCAGCGAGGUGCAAGAGUCCGCCGCGUCGGCGCCAAAAAUUACACCCAACAGGACCACUGGUACCGCCGCCACCGCCUUGGAGACAAACGCAGCAACUUCCAACGCCGUCACAUACACGACCGUUAGUGCACUCGGCUACGACGACUUUCACCACGAGAAGGAGAAGAAGAGCCGACGUGAAACAGGCCCAGAGCCUGGCGUGUCGUCGUCGUCUGGUGGGGAAAUGGUGGCUUUCGACGAAGCACACGCGAAGCGCUACUUGAUGAAGCACAAGCGCCGCGAUAUGCACCGGCAUCUGUUCAAGCAUGGCGCCGUCGUCGCGGGCGGCUCUGGGAGCGAAGAAUAA